AAGCAUGGGCAACGGGAGGUUUGACUGUAACUAGCCGUAAGAUAUGUUUUCGUGCUAGAAAUGAUGGCGGCGGAAGCGCUUUAUAUGGUCAUUUCUGAUCGGCGCUGUCUGCAACUCACUCACCUGUCAGAUUUAAAGUAGCUAGCCAGCGUUAGCUUAGCCCACACCCACCUCCUCCAACACUGCGAUUACUGGAGCUGUGGUGGAGCCAUGUCAGCCAGUGAUGCGUAUAUACGGAUGUGUAUUUCUGCUGUUACAACUAGCUACUUGUCAAGGCAUUAUUGGUUUGACUCCAUGGCUUAGUGUGACUCUUGACAGCAACUACUCCGGACGUCUCCUUCCUCUCUCCGUUACUGCCUUCUGCCACUACAGGUAGCAGCCAGACACAACCAAAGGGGCGGAGACCCAGACCCCCUGUUGCUUGCCUCCCCUCUGAGGCAUGAUGGAGCUCCAGACGUCUCACGGGCAGCUGGGAGCAGAGGGGGAUUGCGAGAUGUCGAGCCUGCUGCUGCCCAGUCCCCAGAGCGAGGCGGUGACCCACGAGAUGGAGGAGCUGUCGCUGCAGCCGCUGCCUCCGCUCAACGAACGCAAAAACGGUCAGAAGUGUCAGUGUCAGACAAUGGCCUGUGUGGAGGUAGAGACACCCAGUGACUGCUGCACUAGGUUCAGAGCAGUCCUGCAGUUGAGGCUCCAGCAGAGGCGGACCCGGGAGCAGCUGGUGGAGCAGGGCAUCAUGCCACCUCUGAAGAGUCCGGCAGCUUUCCAUGGGCAGAUUCGCAGCUUGGAGAGAGCCAGGACCGAGAAUUUCCUCAAGCACAAGAUCCGCAGUCGUCCAGAGAGAGCCGAGCUCGUCAGGAUGCACAUCCUGCAAGAGACUGGAGCCGAACCGUCACUACAGGCCACCCAGAUGAGGCUGAAGAGGGCCCGACUGGCCGACAACCUGAACGAGAAGAUCGCCCAGAGGCCCGGCCCCAUGGAGCUGGUGGAGAAAAACAUCCUGCCGGUGGAUUCCAGCGUAAAACAGGCCAUCAUCGUGGGUCAGGUGAAUUAUCCCAAAGUGCUGGAUGAAGACAGCAGCGACGCUCUGUCCCCGGAGCAGCCGGCCAGCCAGGAGUCCCAGAGCUCUGUCCCCUCUCCCUCAGAGACCAAAGUGCGAGAGACGCCCUCUCCAGCUCCAGCACCACCACCACCAACAAUACCCAACACCAUGCUGCAGACCUUCCAAGUUACUCCACAAGCAACAGCAGACUUUGUGAAAAUGAUCUCCACCAUUGAGCAGCCUGCCAGCCGCGCAGCUGUCACUCCUGCACCGCCAGUCACCACAGCUGCUCCUUCAAAACCAGGCCCAACACUGGUGAAACAAAGCCAGCAGAAGUCUCCGUCAGAGAAGAGCCGCAGUAAGAAGGGCAAAGAGCCGAAGUCCAGGGUGAAAAAACUCAAGUACCACCAGUAUGUUCCCCCAGACCAGAAGCUGGAGGCCAGCGAAGCGCCCAUGGACUCCUCGUACGCCCGCCUGCUGCAGCAGCAGCAGCUGUUCCUCCAGCUGCAGAUCCUCAGCCAGCAACAGCAGCACUACAACUACCAGACUAUAUUACCUGCACCACUCAAGCCUGUGGCUGAGGGUCAGAGCGGCAGCGCCGGCAGCCUGCCAACCUCCAUCAUGGUGUCUCUGCCCACCGCACCUCCACCUCCCCCCGUGACUCCGGCUCCGGCUCGUCCAAACAACUCGCUCUCGAACCGCAAGCCAGGAGUGUUGCCUGCCAACCUGGAGGAGAUGAAGGUGGCCGAGUUAAAACUGGAGCUGAAGCUGCGCGGCCUCCCUGUGUCAGGAACAAAGACAGAUCUGAUCGAAAGACUGAAGCCUUUCCAGGACUGCACCUCUGCUCCGACCACCAUUCCCGCCCCUGCCACCACCACCCUCUCCUCCAUGCCCAUGGAGGUCACCACCAUCACCACCGCCCCCACUAUAGUCCUCCCAGUCCAGCAGAUGGCUCCAGAGACCAUUAACCCCACACCGCCCGUCUCACCCAUUCCCAACGAUCGCUCCACCCUCCAGCAGGACGUAGGCAUGUCUGAAGCUCUUCCUGAAUCCCAAAUGGUGAGCUCCUCAGGUCCCCAGUUCUCACCUCUCCAGUCUGUCCAAGUCCCGGAGGAAAAGGACCGGCGGCUCCACGAGAAGGAGCGGCAGAUCGUGGAGUUGAUGAGGAAGCUGGAGCAGGAGCAGAGGCUGGUGGAGGAGCUGAAGAUGCAGCUAGAGGUGGAGAAGAGAGGCCAGGCCAGUGAGUCUUCCUCUCCAUCUCCCAAAAUCACUUCCAUGCCCACUAUGAGCCCCGUUCCUGCUGUUCUGAACUCAAACGUAGUGAAAGUGGAAGGUGCGGUCCUGUCAAACUGUUCAUCCACUGCUGCUACAAUCCCCAACUCCAUCCUGGGCUCCCAGGCUCUCGGCCCCCUGCCAACCGUUGUCAAGUUGGAGGAUGUGACUGUUUCUUCCGGCAAGCCGCUCCAGCUCCAGACCCAAACCCAGCUCAUCACCCAGAUCCAGCCCCAAACCCAGACCCAGAUCACCAACAGCCCACAGCUUCUCUCCCAGUCACAGAGAAGUCCCAAACUGCAGCCCCAGGCCCAGCCGCCAGCCCCCAGCCUGCAGCAGUUCUUCAUCAGCCACAGAGGUGGUGUGUCCCAGGUGCUGGGUCAGCCUCAGACCUUGUUAACCACAAGAGGCCAGGCUGGAACUCAGAUCCUCCUCCCAGUCUCACUACCUAAAAACAACACUACUGCAAUCCAGCUGCCAAGCAACGCGGUCAGCCUGCAGUCGGUUCUUCAGGCCACAGUCCCAAAUCCAGGCCUGGUCCAGGCCUCAGUUCCUCAUCUGCAAACCACUAAGAUGGAGACGGCUCCCAGCCAGCACUUAACCAACAACAACCCACUGCUACAGACUCUGACUAUGUGCAAUAACACUACUGGUUUGGAGAACCAGACCAGGCCUGAGAUGAAUCCCCAGUGUUUCCUGGGAAGCUCCCCAGACAACAGGGUCUCUCCGCGGGCUUCUCCCAACCACACCAUCUCCAAUGGACCACUUAAUAAGUCUCCCUCUCCCCAGCCCACCUUCAUCCUUCAGCACAGCCCUCUUGUUACUCAGCACCCCAAGACAAGAGAGCCUCCCCGCUAUGAGGAGGCCAUCAAACAAAGCCGCAACUUGCACAUCAACAAUGUUUCGCAGGUUCCCACGGCAACCAGCCAGCAAAUGGACGACUUGUUUGACAUCCUUAUAGAGAGUGGAGAAAUCACUCCCUUCAUCCAGCAGGACCCUCAUGCGUCUCUCACUAAGACCCUCCCAGUGACGGCGAGCAUCUCCACCCUGCCGGUCAACACCGCCCUCUGCAGACCGCCUCCACAGAUCCAAGUGGCUCCUCCGCACACCCUCGGCCCCUCCAUGGACGCGGGCCUGCACAGCCUCUCCUCGCUCGCCACCGACAAUCAGCUGGAGGCCUUUCUGGAAAACACGCUGGCCGAGACGGCGCCGGCGUCAGACCCGCGCACACGGGGCCUGAUGGAGGAGCUGCAGGCGCAGCUGAUGGAGCAGCAGCCCUACUCCCCCAUGGACACGUCAGACCUGUCGUUCUGCGACUCGUCCUCACCCUCCUCGCUCAACAUGGGCCUGUCCGACCCAGGGUUGGAUAACAUGGAGUGGCUGGACCUCACCAUGCCGCCGGGUCCUGCCGGGGCACUCACACCACUGGGGAUCCCAGCGGACUUCCUGGAUACACAAGACCUGCAGCUGCACUGGGACUGACGGAGGCGUGAAAGAAAGAAAGAAAGAAAGAAA